AUGGGUUCAGAAACAGACGCCGAGACCGAAGAACCGUACCCUUUUUACGAUAUAUCACGGUUCGAGACAAAGGGAGAGGAGGCGGUGGCAGGCUCAGAGCGAGAGGCUCCCGCAAGUGCCUUCAAGAGAUGGAUGAGCACGUUCCGGUCGAAGAGACCUGUUCUGUCCCAGACGCAGGAGAGAGUCGUUGAGGGCUGGCCCCAGGACCCUGAAACGUUUGGAAACCGCAUCAUCCCACCUCACAAUGGAUUUCAAGAGCAGCAGUGGGAGGAUAUGUCAGGUCGAUCAUCCUCCUUCCUAGGAACAAUAAACACAGCAAGCAUAAGCGUCGCAACCCAAAGCGUGAUAAGGUCGAGAGCAAACACCCAUAGUACUACAAACCAAAGCACACGCUCCGACAUUCGACCUUCAUUUGACAGCUUAAGACCAACUCUAAGUAUUCCUUUGGACGAUGCUGCUCAAAAUAGGAGCAUACAAAGGCGCCAGGUUUUGAACGAAAUCCUAAGAACAGAGUCAGAAUAUGUCGCUGGUCUUAGAGCAUUGACUGAAAUCCUUGCCAUGUUUCUUACUCGCCCCGAACUAUAUUACAACCUCGAACAGAUUCGUGGAAUACAUGAGAAGUUUCUGGUCCAGCUACAAAAUCUGAUUCGAAGUUCUGAUCCCGCAAUGUUAGAUGCACCGUUUGCCCAGUCGUCUCAUAAGAAGCUGCCCUUUAUGGAAUUGUCUGGAUUCAAAAGAAUGCCCAGCCAAUCUUGGAAAAUUCAUAAUCCAAGGCACUUGUAUGACACCAGAGUCAGCGUGGCCAUUGCUGGUCCUUAUGAAGCUCUUGAAGUCGCCCGUGAAAUAGAAAAUCUGUCUAUAUCCUUUGUGGCUUACGAGAGAUUUUGCACAACGUACGAAGUGCUGGCCGAAGACCUUUCUAUCCUCCGGCGUUCCGUGCCCAACUGGCAGCUUUUUGACCGAGGAAUCGAAGCACUAUCAAAAUCAGCGGCAUCAAUCGAAGGUUGCCGGCAGGAAGAUAGCAAGUCUAUGACUUUGAACGAUCUCUUGAUCAAGCCAAUCCAGCGCCUAUGCAGGUAUACGCUCUUGAUACAGGAUUUACUGAAGAAUACAACUGCGAGUGACUGCCAAUCUUCCCAUGAUGGGAUUUACCAGGCCCUGGAGAAUGUACGGGCUGUAGUUGCUCGAGUCAAUGCAGCCACCGGCAACCCGGUCAACAAGGAUCGGGCCCGAAAAACAAUUUUGCUACAGGAAAAGCUUCAUUUCGCGAGGAUGUGUCCCCUUCAAAACAUAUUCCGGCAACUUGGCCCCAUUAUACAGUGUGGCGUGUUGUAUGUUACCUACAAUUGCCCCGGGCAAGUCACUGGGGACUACAUGGUCUCUGCCCUUUUUAAUCGUCACUUUUUGCUGGCCCAAUGGAGUGACGAUCAACGUCGACUCCAAGCAAUCGCAUGCUUGUGCAUUUCCGACAUGAAGAUUGACAUAUUGGAGAAUGGCAAAGGAAUAUUUUGUGAUUGGUCUUUAUUUUCUUGGAAGCUUUCAUUUCACCACAUUGACAAAGGUUAUGAGUUCGUCUUGAGCGCUUCAUCAGCUGCUGAAGAAAUGCAAUGGAAGACAGAGAUCAUCAAAUUAGCUGCGAUAUUAUCGGAUGAGCCAAAAGAUGGGCCAUCAAAAAUAGUGAGAUGCUCAUUCUUGUCGCUAAACCUGGUUGCUGUCGACAGUCCUUUGCAACCAGCUCCUUCUCUGGUCCGCAAAGCUUCUGCAUCUGCACUCACAACCUUGCGGUCUGACCAUCAACGCGAUAUGUUGCAUGUGAGAAUUAAAAAGACGCACUUUCCUCGCGGCUCUGAGGAAACGGCUGCGCAACCAGAUGGCGAAAUCGAACGACCAAAGGUCCUGUCGAGUGCACGCUCUAUUUUGACCUUGACACCGAGAAGGGAAGACCGGAUCCGCCUAGAGAAGUUUAUCUCGAUCAUCUAUACCAGGGAUGUCCUCCCCUUCCCAGGGAUGUCUCUCGGUGCCGCAGAUCGCUUCACCCGGACAACCAGCCGACUUAUUCGGAGAAUCAGCUCCCACGCCAAUUUCAGUCGACGAUCGACUUCACUUACUGUCACUCAAACAGGGUCCAUUGACGAAGAAAUCUGUUCGCCCAGCUCCUCUAAUGGAUCUCAGAAGGCUAAAAGAGCCACCGACUCUUCGCUCAUUUCGAAGAAAAAGAAGUCACCCUUUGCGGUUGGAGUGCGUAACACGUUUUCUCUUCGGAAUCGCAAGAAGCCCCGGUCGAGGACGGAGAUAAUACGCCUAUUGACCGAGAACGAAGAUGCAGUAUAAUGGUCAAUUCUUUCACACACAGAUUCGUUCUUAUUCUAUUUCGGCGGAGACAGAAGGGGUAGACUUGAAGCUCUUGCUUGGCCCGACGUAAUGAUGCGAGGUGUUGAUGGGAAGCAAGCAAGGCGACGACGUAUGGCCGUCGUUUCUCCACCAUUCUCUCCCUCUGAACAACAUUCCCUGGGUCGUCAUUGAGAUUUGGUUUUAGGCGAAAGCGGAUCUAUUGCUGAUCAAAAGGCAAUUGCUACUUGUUCUCUUGGCUGGUCAUCUCUGGUGGUCGGCACCGAUGACGUCGAAGGUCCGCCCGCCGUUCCGUCAUGAAGGCUGGCAUGCCACUCUGUACUUAAAAAAGCUG